CCCCCAACUCCUUCCCCUCCUAGCCUUUUUCUCAGCUUCUCUAUUUAUUUGCUAGUCUCAUCUGUUUUGCUCUCCCAAAAGACAACGGAUAGUUUCUUCCAGUCUUUUGCUUAUGCAUUAGUCAUGAGAUACUUGGUGGCCAUUAUCUUUUCCUACCUCCUAAUAGUGGCAAUCACUGCAGUUUGCGAGGAUGCCAACCCUUCUUCUUCUUCUUCUUCUUCUUCCAGAAAAUGGAGCGUCUCAUACAAGAGCCAACAAGGAAUUCAGAAUCUCAAGGGCUCCUCCUAUGUUGGAAGCGUAGAGCAGGCUGCUGGACGUGGAGCGAAACCUUCAAACCAAGAGUCCGAGGCAUAUUCCAUGGAACCAGACAACUCAAGCAACAUGGAUGUUGAGGACAUUGCUUACCAUAUCGAUUAUCACGGGGCGACUACACAUCCUACACCGACUCCUAAGCAUCCAAAACCAUAGAGAUUUAGCAGAGAUUAUGCACGCUCCUUAUGAGUGAGCAACAUGAGUGAAUAUAGCAAUGCAGGAAUAAGAUCCAUACCAUAUUGGAUGUAGAAUAUUCCAAGCUGAUUAAUCUGUACUGCCUAGUCUAUUUCAGCAGUGAAACAUGCCUAAUUAGUGAGACAAAAUAGAGACUCGCGUAUUUACUUUAUGAAUGGCAGAUGACUGUAAUACAAGUAACUCUCCAAGAGCUUAGUCUGCAUAACUGGUCUCCGUUGCUAA